UUGCUUAAAAUAAACAACCUUUUCCGGUCCAAAGGAUUACAGAAUAUUGUUCGAAGACUUGUGUAUUAAUAAUUGUGAAAAGCCAUUGAAUAACCCAAGGAAGAGGAAAGUCGCCGAGAAGAUGAUCGGCGUCGCGGUUCCGAGAAAGGCUCGCUCGGCUUCCACGAAAAGACAUCACGAGAACUGUGUUUCUGGAAACGGUGGAGUCCGAGAAGAGCCGGCGAGGCCGAGCCCGGAGGUCGGGUCGCCUUCUUCGUCGAACGUCUCGGUUAGGAAAAAGAUGAAACCAGGAGAAGGACCACCGCCGAGGACUGGGCCGUCGAAGGUCUCCGAGAGCUCUUCGGAGGAUAUUGAGAUCGAGAUUGCGGAGGUUCUCUUUGGGCUCAAGAAGCAGUCCCAGAGCAACAAGAGGCAAGAAAGCCAUGGAAACGAGCUCGACCCCAGAGACACAAAAGGCUCCGCUCAUGACUCAAGGUCAAGGGCUUCGCGUUCUUCACCACAAUCUGAUCCUAAGUUUAGUGUUGGUGCUGUUGAGAAAAGUUCAAUUGCAGCAGAAGCAGAGAAAGUUGAAAGCGAACAACAACCGGAAAAAAUGGACACUUGUUCUCCAAGAGCAAGUUCUCACGAGUCAUUGGAAUCACAGCAGGAGGCAACACUAAAGCGGGAGGAUUCAAAACUGUCGGGCAUCGGAGACGAAAAGCCCAUCUCGGCUCCUCCCUGUGCCGAAUCGGAUGUUGUUUUUGACGAUCUUCAAAAUUCGACAGCGGGGACAAAAGCGGACCCGGCUGCUCCAGAGGCUAGAAGCAAGCAAGAUGAGAAGUUUGAGAUCGAUCUGAUGGCUCCUCCUAUGGCGGCGUCUCUGGAUAAGGAAGACAAUGGUUUCGCCGAUUCGAUAUCAUAUCCUAAAGCUCCAGUUAAGGACGAAGAAAAGGUAGAGAGAUUUGUCAAGGAGGUAGUGCUAGAGGAACCUGAAGAGGAGAAGAAGGAGAAGGAGAAGGAGAAGGAGAAGAAGAAGAGGAGGAGGGAGACAAUUGGAGAGAAGCGCGAGUUGCCUAAGCUUGACUUGGAGAAGCCAAAUCAAGAUAGUGGCAGUAGUGUUCGUAGUACUAGUAAGUCACAACAGCAGCAGAACCAAGCUAAAGCUAGCAUUCCCAAAGUAGAAAAUACCUCUCAAUCUGGCUUCACGCCUUUGCAAAUUUCUGUAACUGGUUUGCCGGGUGGUCUUCCUCCACUGGGAUACAUGCCACCCUAUCAGACAGUUGUGCCGAUGGAUGGGAAUGCCGCUGCGACCACAUCAUUACAGCCUCUGCAGUUCCUUCUCUCUCAACCUCGGCCAAAGAGAUGUACAACCCACCAUUACAUUGCUCGCAACAUUCACUUGCACCAGCAAUUUUCCAUGAACAAUUUCUGCCCAGCGCCAGCUGCUACUGCCACUCCAGGCGGGGCCAUGACGAGCAAACUCAAUUUCAUGCCUUCUGCUGAAAAAGUGAAUGUUGCAAACCCAUUCCAAGGAAGCUUUCCAAGCGUGAAUCUUACCUCUGUGAAGGAUAAAGGGCAGGCUGGAACAAAUUUUGCAAGUCAUAUUGUGAAAGACGGGGGCUCUGAGUCCAUCAACUUGAUGGAUACAGCACAGAGAAAUCAGGCGCUUCAGCAAGCUCCACAGGCAGCCCCUGCUGGUAGUUCAAUGCAUGGCCCUGCUUUCAUAUUCCCUACGAGCCAGCAUCCGGCAGUGGCAGCAGCAGCAGCAGCAACUAAUCAAUCUGGGCUUUCUAAACCUUCCAAUCCAGCAAAAAAUGUUUCAUUGCCUAGUAAUUCAGCUACUGGACUUCUGGGGAGCUCUUCGGUGUUGCCAGCAGUAACCCCAGCUGUGAGCUUUAAUUAUCCAAAUUUUCCACCCAAUGAAGCUCCAUACAUGGCAAUACUACAGAACAAUGUUUACCCAUUCCCUAUUUCCACUCCUAUUGGAACAACAACAGCACUUAGAGGAAGCACCCCUGCUCAGACUAUGCCUUUCUUGAAUGGUUCUUUCUAUUCAUCUCAAAUGUUCCAUUCGUCUCAGCUUCAGCAGCAACAGCCUCAGGUCCAAGCAUGUCAUCAGAAUACAAGCACUUCAAGCGGUUCAUCAUCAUCCCACAAGCAACCACGAGGGGCCCAAGUUGGGGGCAAUAAUCUUUUGGGCUCAGCUAGUAUGCAGUUACAGCAACCACACAAGCAGCAUGUGCUACCAUCCAAUCAAUCUCGCAAGCUUGAGGCUGAGAUAACGACAGAGAAUACUCCAUCUGUUGUUGAUAGCCAACCCUCUCAUGCCAAAGAAAGUGUUUAUAGGCAGAAGAAUUUCACAGUUCCAGUUCAGCCCCUAAAUUUUAGGUUGAUGCCCCCUACAGGAUUGUCUGGCAGUAGUGGAGGAAAUCAUGGUGAGAAGCAGCAGCAUGGUUUAAAGGGUGCGGUUGAGCUCUUUCCUUCUCCAGCAUUUGCCAUGUCCUUUGCGGACUUCAACGGAAACAAGACAGCAUUUAAUGGAAACAACAUGGUUUCAACCCUUAACUUCUCAUCCCUACCGCAAAAUCCAGUAACAUUUCAAAGCCUCCCGGGUAUGGCUCAGCUAGGUUACCAAGUUACACCUACACCUCAAGCCGCACAGCAGAAGACUCACCAGGUUUCUGAGGGGAAGAGUGGAGGUGGUUCUUCAUUCACUCCAAAUGAUGCAAAGAAAGCCACUUCAGGAAAGCCUUCCACAACUACAGGGCAGACCCUUGUUUUUGAUAAUUCAGCCAAAACUCUUAGCUUUAUGUCAUCUCCUGUCACAGGAAACUGGCCACCUCAAUAUGUCACUAAUGGUCCCCAUGCUGGUCAUACUUCAAAUUCUCAACAACAGCAGCUGCCUCAGCUUCAAGUUCAGCAGCAACCUGCUUCGGCGACUCGAAGUAAAGCAGUGACAAGUAACAGCCUGUCUUCCUCUUCCACUGUUGUCAAGUUCCAAACAAUCCCCCGUGUUUACUCGCAAACUUGUCAGUCAAAAAAUACAGGAAAGGGAAUGCCCCAGCAACAAGGGAGAGCUCCACCAGGCCAUACCCAGAUAUCUUUUGGAGGACAUCCCCAGUCAGCAUUGACACCUCAAGGGCAACAAAUAGUCGCUAAUAACCACCAGUCUUCAUCUACUUCAGUUGCCGGGACUAUACCUACUGUUGGCAACUCGAGAACAAAUGCCACAGGCGGCAAAGCUGGUGCGUCGAUUAAUACAUUGCAAUCCCAACAAACUGAGAAUUCCUCAACCAGAGCCGGGGAGAAAUCGUCUCCAGUUUGUGGGAGGAAUGUAGCUUCAAUCUUAAGUACUUGCCCAAACCACCUAUCUGAACUCAAGUAUUAGUAGAAACACGCUGCAACAUCAAUAGAGAAGCACUCACACCCAAGCUCAAAAUACUCUGUCGUCUAAUGCUCUCCAUCAAUGAAUUUGGAUCCUAGCAAUAACUGCACCAAUCAAACUCCGCCGUUGUUGAUCAAAUUGAACCAAGAGUCUCCCGGAAAUUUGAUUCAAUAGGGUGGCAUGUGGGUUUCUCUUUCCGAGGAGAUGACACUUGGGAUGUUGUCCGGCAGUUUGUUAAAAAGUUGAUAGAAAAGAAAAAGACGCAAAAGGAUAAUGGAGGAUAAUAUGGCAUUGGCAGGGGAGUGGGGUUGAUCAGGUCUUCAAGUGGCGGCCUACCAUACGAUUAUUAUGGCUAUAAUAAUAAUCAAGGCAAAUUGUUUUCAAGGGGUCUAAUUCAAUUUGAUUGGCCUUAUUUACGUGAA